GUUUCCAUGGAAACUAAAGUAAACAUUUACUCUCAUGUUGUUGAUUUUUCUUUACAAUUAAUUUAAUUAUUCCAUUGAUUUAGUUGCUUGUUUUUAAUUUAAUUUCUAUUUAAAUAACAUCUUUGGACCUUAUUCUAUCUCUGGCAUUUCCAUGGAUGAAUUUUGUAAGCCCGAGAAUUUACCUUUCGAGGAGGAAAUUUGUCGAUAUCCAUUUUCGAUCAAACAUUGGCUUCGUUAUAUUAAUGCCAAGAAAGAAGCCAAAGUUUCCGUUGAAAUGAUUAAUCUAUUAUAUGAACGAGCGUUGAAACAACUACCGGGAAGUUAUAAGCUUUGGUAUGGUUACUUAUUGUGGAGAAAGAGAAAUCUAGAUGGUAAACCAAUUGUUUCUGAUGAAUAUAAAGCUGUCAAUAAUUGUUUCGAGAGGAGUUUGGUCUUCAUGCACAAAAUGCCUCGUAUUUGGAUUGAAUAUCUACAAUUUUUAAUGAGUCAACAUUUAAUAACCAAAACUCGUCGUACCUUUGAUCGGUCUCUUCAAGGAUUACCCAUCACUCAGCAUAAUCGUAUUUGGCCCUUGUACUUGGAGUAUGUUAAAUCUUAUCACAUCCCAGAAACUGCUGUACGAGUAUAUAAAAGGUACCUUAAACUGUCACCUGAAGAUACUGAGGAUUUCAUCGACUACCUGAGAGGAAUGGGAAGACUUGAUGAAGCUGCUGUUAAAUUGUACGAAAUAGUCAACAAUGAAAAUUUCAUCUCCAAAGAAGGAAAAUCAAAACAUCAACUUUGGAAUGAGCUGUGUGAUUUGAUUUCCAAAAAUCCAGAUAAAGUUCAUUCAUUGAAAGUAGAAAAUAUAAUUCGCGAAGGUAUCAAACAAUAUCGAGACGAACAAGGAAAAUUAUGGAAUGCAUAUGCUCAGUAUUUUACCCGAAGUGGACUAUUUGAAAGAGCUCGUGACAUCUACGAAGAAGCCAUUUCAUCUGUAUUAACCAUCAAAGAUUUUUCUCUAGUCUUUGAUUCUUAUUCUCAAAGUGAAGAAAAUCUUAUCAAAGCUAAAAUGGAGAAUGAAGAUUUGACUGAUGAAGAAGAAAUUGAACUAGAAUUAAGAUUGGCCAAAUAUGAGAAUUUAAUCGAAAGGAGACCAUUGCUACUAAAUAGUGUCGCUCUUAAACAGAAUCCUCAUAAUGUUGACGAAUGGUUGAAGAGAGUAAAACUUUUAGAAGGUAAACCCUUGGAGAUAAUUCAAACCUACACUGAGGCCGUUCAAAUGGUCGACCCAAAACAAGCGAUUGGUAAAGUUUACUCUUUGUGGGUUGAGUUUGCCAAAUUCUAUGAACAAGCUGAUCAACUCGAAGAUGCUAGAGAAAUAUUUGAAAGAGCAGUUAAAGCUUCUUAUGCCAAGGUUAACGAUCUUGCCACUGUUUGGUGUGAAUUUGCCGAAAUGGAGUUGAGACACGACAAUUUCGACAGAGCUUUGAAAAUAAUGCAAAGAGCUUCAGCAGCUCCUUCCAAGAAAGCAAAUUUCUUCGAUGAAAAUGAACCAGUUCAGAAUCGCGUUCACCGAUCACUCAAACUGUGGUCAAUGUAUGCAGAUCUCGAGGAAAGUUUUGGAACCUUCCAGACAACCAAAGCAGUUUACGAUCGUAUAAUUGACCUAAGGAUCGCCACUCCACAGAUUAUCAUGAAUUACGCUUUGUUUUUAGAAGAAAACAAUUAUUAUGAAGACGCGUUCAAAGCCUACGAAAGAGGAAUCGCUCUAUUCAAAUGGCCGAUUGUUUAUGAUCUUUGGAAUACUUAUUUGACCAAAUUCUUAGCUCGAUACAAAGGAUCUAAAUUAGAACGAGCUCGUGAUCUAUUUGAACAAUGUUUAGAAGGAUGUCCAAAGAAUUUAUCGAAAACUUUUUUCCUUUUAUAUGCUAAAUUGGAGGAAGAACAUGGUUUAGCUAAACAUUCAAUGUCGGUUUAUGAGAGAGCGACACUCGAAGUGGACUAUAAGAGUAGAUUUGAAAUGUACAACAUUUACAUCAAAAAAGCUGCUGAAAUGUUUGGUGUUACUUAUACUCGGCAAAUUUAUCAAAAAGCAAUUGAAAAUCUUGGUGAUAACGAUGCUAGAGAAAUGUGUCUUCGAUUUGCCGAUUUAGAACAAAAAUUGGGUGAAAUUGAUCGAGCUCGGGCCAUUUAUGCCCACUGCAGUGAAAUGUCCGACCCUCGAACUCAGCCCGAAUUCUGGAAUAUUUGGAAAGAAUUUGAAAUUAAACAUGGAAACGAAGAUACAAUUAGAGAAAUGUUACGAAUUAAGAGAAGUGUCCAAGCAACGUUCAAUACCUCAGUUAAUUUCAUGGCAGCGCAAAUGAUGAGCGCUGUCAAAGCACCAACUUCGAGUAUGGAAGCGAUGGAAAUGCAAAUAUCAGAUACAAAUGAGUCCGAAAUGAGAGAGGAACCCGAGAAGCGACUUGAAACAUUACCCGAGCGAAAAAUUGUCUCAUUUGUCAGAGAGACGACGACAAAAGUUUCCAAUGAAAACCAAGCAAUCAACUCGAUCCCCAAUCCCGAUGAAAUUGAUAUCGACGCUGAUGAUGAUUAAUUAAUUUAUUAACAGAACAUAAUUAUAAAUAUUUUGCUUAAAAACUUCUUUCAACUUUGUAACUAUUAAAAUUCAUGUAAAUAAUUUGUAACAAA